GCGCACGGGGAUUCAGCUUUCAGUUCGUCAACGCUGGGCUACUGGAGGCAGCUUGCAGAAGCAACCGCUGCGGCCGCCGUGGGCAGGCGGUGGCUGGAGGAAGACAUGCGGCGUUACCUGAGGGUGCUAGUGCUCUGUCUGGGCUGCGGCUUUUGCUCGUUGCUUUACGCCCUCAACCAGCUCUCUGUGUCCCUGGAGGAAGAAGAGACUGGCGGUGGCGGGAAGCUGAAGGCCGCAGCUGCUUCCUGGCCCACUGUUAGUGGACGUGUAGAUGGGAAAGGGGCGCGAAGCGUAGGCCCCAAGAACCACCCGGGCUGGUCCACCAGGUAUAAUAAGGAUGUGUCUCUCUCUUAUUGGAACCCCUAUUGGAUGCUGCCCUCUGAUGUUUGUGGAAUGAACUGCUUUUGGGAAGCCACUUUUAGGUAUAGACUGAUGAAAACACAAUCUUCUGAGACAAUGCACCUAGCUGUGGUAGCCUGUGGCGAACGACUGGAAGAGACUGUAACUAUGAUAAAAUCAGCUAUUAUUUUCAGCAUCCAACCUCUUCAGUUUCACAUUUUUGCUGAAGACCACUUGCACCGCGGCUUCAAAAACAUACUCAACGGCUGGAAAUUUCUACAGACAUUUAAUUACACUAUCUAUCCAAUAACUUUUCCGACUGAGAAUGCAGCAGAAUGGAAAAAACUCUUUAAACCAUGUGCUUCACAAAGAUUGUUUUUACCAUUAAUCCUGAAAGAAGUUGACUCACUGCUAUAUGUUGACACUGAUAUUCUUUUUUUACGCCCUGUUGAUGAUAUUUGGUCACUUCUAAAGAAAUUUAACUCCACACAAAUUGCUGCCAUGGCACCAGAGCAUGAGGAACCUCGGAUUGGUUGGUAUAAUCGCUUUGCCAGACAUCCGUACUAUGGAAAAACUGGAAUAAAUUCUGGAGUUAUGUUAAUGAACAUGACUCGAAUGAGAAGGAAAUAUUUCAAGAAUGACAUGACAACUGCUCGUUUACAAUGGGGAGAGAUACUUAUGCCAUUACUUAAAAAAUACAAGCUUAAUAUCACAUGGGGUGAUCAAGAUUUGUUAAAUAUAAUGUUUUUUCAUAAUCCAGAAAGCCUUUUUGUUUUUCCGUGCCACUGGAAUUAUCGGCCUGAUCAUUGCAUAUAUGGAAGUAAUUGCCGAGAAGCUGAAGAAGAAGGAAUCUUUAUUCUCCAUGGGAACAGAGGUGUUUACCAUGAUGAUAAGCAGCCAGUUUUUAGAGCUAUUUAUGAAGCACUGCGAAAUUGCUCUUUUGGAGAUGAUAAAGUACAUUCCUUAUUAUACCCAUUAGAACUGGAACUACUGAAGACUGUACAUACAUACUGUGGGAAAAUACACAAAAUAUUCACGAAACAACUAACAAAAAGUAUAAGAGACAGUUAUAAUCGACCAACAAAGGAAAGCUGACUCUUGUUGGUGAAGACUUAAAUCUAUUGAACUACAAAAAAUAUGUGUCAGUGAUUUUCUUGCACAAUGUAUUAAUGUUUAGGAAGGAAUUAUUUAUCUUUUGUCCAGAUAAGCUUUACUAGAGAGAGUAAAUUGAGGUAUGUUUUAUUGUUAUGAAGAAUAAGUUGGAGCCUAACCUCAGACAUUCCUGACGUUUUGAAGUUUUGUUAAUCAUUGUUUGCUUUCAAUCCAGUAUUGGUGAAAAUGGACUCUAACUGAUGAAUAGUUUUAGUUUAUAUGAUUCUGUUGACUGUUCAUUCUUCAGUGGGUGAAAGAAAUAGGACUAUAUAAGUGAAGAGCCAUGUACUUUAUGCAUAAUUUUAAAAAUGUGAAACUGUGAAUGUUAGCAAUACUUUUGAGUCAGCACUGACCUCACUUUAAUUUUGUGAGAAUAAAGUUUACAGGGACAAAAAUUGUUUUGUCUCUAAGGAAAUGUGAUAUAACCAUUGACAAUCUGUGUGUGCCUUUUGAUGUUUCAUCUCUGAUAUGUUAAAAAAUUUUUUGUGAUAAUCAUAUUUAAAAUCUUUGAGUAAACUAUGUACAUAUUUUAAAGCAAGCCAUACAAAGUAAUAGAAAACUAGUGUAAACUUCUAGAUAUUGUUAAUAAUGAUUUCAUGUGAAAUAUCACCCUUUUAUUUGUUUGUUCAACUGUCUUGCCAAAAAUCAAAUUUAGAUUUAAAUAUGUUAAAAUGUGUUUGGGGUAAAACUUUUUUAUUACUUUAAAUGAAAUUCAUUUGUAACUUUACUAAGCAUUCUGGAAGUAAAAGAUGCCUAUUCUAAUAUUAGAAUUUUAGUGGAAAUCAUAAUAGCAUGCUAGUAUAGUAUUGGUAAGUAUAGUGGACCAAAUUAUAGUUACACCUUUCUUACAAUCAGUUGUUUCAGCCAUCAUAGAAUUGAAAUGUGUUCUAUUUCAAUUUCUUUCUUCUACCUCAAAUUAAUUUUGCCAGGUAUUUUUAAAACAAGAAAGUUGACAGAGCAUUACCAUAAUUAUAUAGAAAAUCUAUCCAUGGAUAGAUUGUAAUUAAGGAAAAGAUUAUUGGUUGUACUAGAAAAAAAAUUUUUGUUUCUAUAAGUUGUGUAUCCUUUUCAAGUGAGGAUGCUGAAUUUUUUUCUUGAUGUUGAAGGCUAGAGAGUUUCUUUCAUUCUUGAUUUCUUGUCCUGUUAAUUCAUAAUUCCCACGGCCAGAUAUGGCUCUUAGAACAAUACUGGUUCUUGUGAAUUAACCAAGUUCCAUAUUUACUAUUUCCCUCUUUUUUUCUUUGGUAUUUUAAUUUUUAAAGAAGGAGAGGGGGAUCAUGUAGUUAAUGUUUUACUUCAAUGGGGAGAAAUUUGUUUGUUUUACGAAAACAGAGAGCUCUUGUUGAAACAAGAUUGAUUUGGGUGAUUGAUUUUUCUGCAGUGACUGGCAUUGUGGUGAGUUGAGAGGGGAGAGGAGUACUAAUGAAGUAAUGGAAGCAAGUGAAGGCGUUACUAACCUGCCUGAUAUUUAGCAUUCUUAUUUCAGGGUGGGUUUUGAGAGUAGAAGAAUUAGUAUAUAAAAUGUUGGUGUGACUGUCAAGCAGAUAGUAGCAACUUGAGGAUGGGGAUGGUUUCAUUUUUGUCAUAUCUCCAGCACUUAUAAUAAUGUCUGACAAUUGUUGGAGCUUAAAAGAAGCAUGUUUGAUCUGCUUAAGAGACUAAGAUAUAUUGAAGUUGGUGAUUUUGAGAUAGAGAAAUAGAAUUGUAGAAUUUAAACCUGCAGAGAUACCUUAGAGAUCAUUUAGUCCUACUUUCUUAUGUAUAAAUGAAUAUAGAUCACCAGAGAGAUUAAAUUACUUGUUCCAAAAUA